AUGGUCCCCACCUUUCAGACAGUCGUCUCCAAUUUUAGAUCGCGACUCUCCAAGGCUGAGCUAGACGAUUUCAAAUUCUGCUCAUUGAAAGAUGUGCAACAAGCAAUCAUAGAUAUACAAGCACAACAAGAUAAGAGGAGAGAGAUGAGGAAUCUCUCGCGGAUUCUCGGGUUCUUGGAAGCAAUGAAUCAAUUUGGCGCAGUUGUUGAGGUCUUCUUGAACACGUCUGAAAUCCUCGCUUUCGUUUGGGGGCCUUUGAAAUUCCUUCUUUUGGUUGCGAAUAAUUGGGCUGUGUCUUUCGAUGCUCUCCUCGACGCUUAUCAACAGAUUGCGGAGCAGAUCCCUCUCCUAUUACAAUACCAGAAUGUGUUUACCGAGAGCUCAGACAUGCGUGGAGUUCUGGGAAUGAUGUACAAAGAUAUUCUCGAAUUCCAUCAACAAGCUCUUCGUGUGUUUGGGAAACCAACAUGGCAGCAGAUAUUUCGCGCUGUUUGGAAAGACUUUGAUACGAGGUUCCAGCAUCUACUGUUGAAUUUGCAACGACACAAAACCCUGAUCGAAAGCCACGGAAACGUACUCCAGAUCAAAGCCUCCCAAGUAGCCCGAGAACUGGCCGAGAAGGCCUUCAAAGAAGCUGAUAUAGCAAGGAAAGAUAAUCAGCGAAUUGCAGUACGAACAUGGUUAUCAGCUAGGAAUGUUCAACUAGAUCAUGAAGUGUAUACUGGAGUGAGAAAAUUAUACCCAAGUACCGGACUUUGGGUGCUCCAAAAAACCGCUAUUGUUGCGUGGCAUGACAGCCAGCACACCUCAGGAUCCCUUGUUUGGAUUCACGGCAUUCCAGGAGCAGGCAAAACGGUACUAGCGUCUGUGAUUGUUGAGAAAUCGAAGUCACUAUCAUCCACUAUCGUCGCUUAUUUUUAUUGCAAAUAUAAGGAUCAAGAGCGAAACACUUUCGUUGCGGUCUUUCGAGCUAUCAUAUCGCAAUUGCUCGCACAGAGUAAAGACUCAGAUCUCUUACAGGCACUUUAUGAAAGAUCUGUGGAGAGCGGAGAGCGAUACCUGGAGUCGCAAUCAUUGUGCACGGAGCUUCUAGCCAUAGCGGUAGGAAGCAUUCCAACAAAUGUUGGCAUACAUUUGAUAAUAGAUGGGCUCGAUGAGUGCGAGAAUAAGGAACGAAAGGUAAUCAUUUCAGAAAUUGCGAAAAUCUUGAGGAAGGAUCCUCAGCCUGGUAGAAUUCGGGCCAUGUUCGUCAGUCAACCAGAACCCAGCAUUCGCAGUUUACUUCGCACGGCCACGAUAGUACGGCUGUCAGAAACGGACAAUAUGAGUGACAUUGCCGAAUAUACAAGGCACUGUUGUUUGGAAAUUCAAAGCAAGUUUGAUCUCGCUGAUGAGAAGCGCGACUUGAUCCGAACACUUGUAUGUGGGAGUGCGGGAGGCAUGUUUCUGUUUGCGAAAUUGGUUCUUCAGAAUCUCUACUCUCAGGUCUCGCGUGCACAACUCUAUGAAUCACUCCUGCCUCGACGGUUUCCUCUGGGACUGAACCAAGCCUAUGGAAGAAUAGUGGAACGCAUUGAACGAAAUGAAAACGUCGCUGAGAGAGAUCAAGCACUCACGUUGCUGGGCUGGGUGGUUACUGCCAAACGUCCCUUGACAUGGCCGGAAAUCCAGGGCGCCGUAUCUAUCGAUAUCGAAGAUCAGAUUGUGGAUUUCAAAGAACGAUCGCUUGUCGUAGAUAUCGGAGCGCUUUGCGGAUCGUUAGUCGAAAGACUCCCUGGCGAUCGCAUAGAGCUCGUCCAUACCUCAGCUAGAAUAUAUCUUAUGCAAGAUAAUCAUGUCAGAGUAUCGCGGGCCGAAGGGCAGCUUGCAUCUUUAUGUUUACAUUAUCUCAUGUUUCCUGGUUUCAUGGCAGAUGACGAGGAAAUUUGCCAACUUCUCAAGACUGGAUUCUACGUCUUUCAAAACUAUGCAAUGUUACACUGGGUCGACCACUUGCAGUCCUACUUGGAGCAUCUUCAAACUGACGAUCUGGAUGAUCUUGAUAAGCUGGCGCCAAUUUGCGAAGAGUUCUCAUCGGAAUACGGCCCAUCAGAUGCUGACACGUCCGUUGGGGUAUCCCUCCAAAGUUUGCGCGAACGCUGCAAAAAAGCUGGCCACCAAGCAAGCUUCGAGACGUUUGUAGCGCUCAUUGCUUAUGCACGAGACUUAAGAGGGAAAAAGAAUUCUUUAGACGGAUUGGGAAAUCUGGGAAGCAUUCUGACCUCUGUCAGAGAGAACCAAGAACGACUAAUCAAAACCGAGGAUUCGGCUUCCAUACUGGCACUCUCAAAAUUUUACGGCGAUCUGCUGUUCAAAUGCCCACGACAUAUGUGUUACUACUUUCACGAAGGUUUUGCGGACUCAAGGUUAAGACAUCAACAUAUCCAACUUCACAACCGAGCCUUUUGCUGCAAAAUAGACGGUUGCAGCAGAAUUCAGACCGGUUUCUCCUCAGAUGCAGAUCUGCAAAGACAUAUAAAAAAGAAUCACUUCUUGCCAGAAGCUUCUGCAAAGUUAUUUCCAGAGCCAAUGACUCAAGCCAAGGUUAAACCUCCGAAGGGAGUGCAUAAGUGUGAAGAAUGCUCCAAGAAAUUCACCAGAGGGAGUACCCUCAAGGAACACACCAGGAGGGUCCACACAGGAGAGCGGCCGCACUCUUGCGGGAAAUGCAGUCAAGCAUUCGCAAGUGAAAAGGACUGUCGAAGACACGAAGAUUCGCACUACGAAGGAAAUUUUGUUUGCAGUGGAGAAUUGGCCCCUGGGGUCAGAUGGGGAUGUGGGCGGGUAUUCACUCGAGCUGAUGCCCUGACACGUCACUUCAGCUCAGCAUUGGGUCACAAAUGUCGUCAGUCGGACCCACGAGCAACUGAGCACGUUCAUCAGUGA